AUGUGCACGUUGGCGCUUCUAAUUCGUAAACUUUGGAAAACACAACGUUUGUCAAAGUUUGAUGUAAUAGAAUGUUUCCUACAAAGUAACAACAACCUCCUGCCAAUCCGAUACUCCUACUCAAACAUAAAGAAAACAACAAGAGGUUUUCGAGAAAAACUAGGUGAAGGAGGCUAUGGUUCUGUUUACAAAGGAAAGCUCCGCAGCGGCCGUGAUGUUGUAGUUAAGGUACUCAGCAAACCCAAAGAAAAUGGGCAAGAUUUCAUCAAUGAAGUUGCAACCAUUGGAAGGAUCCACCAUGUAAAUGUUGUUAACCUCGUAGGAUACUGUGCAGAAAGAUCCAAACGUGCCCUUGUAUAUGAUUACAUGACUAAUGGUUCACUUGACAAGUAUAUCAUGAGUCGAGAAAGAACUAAUUCGUUAAGCUGGGAGAAGAAGUAUGAGAUUGCGGUUGGAGUAGCUCGUGGGAUUGAGUACAUGCAUCGAGGUUGUGACAUCCAAAUCUUGUAUUUUGACAUCAAGCCUCAUAACAUACUUCUUGAUGAUAACUUCACCCCUAAAAUCUCUGAUUUCGGGCUUGCUAAAUUUUACUCCACCGAGAAAGCUACAGUGACUUUAACUGCUGCUCGAGGAACGAUAGGCUAUGUGGCUCCUGAACUGAUCAACAGAAACAUUGUUGAAGUAUCAUAUAAGGUAGACGUUUAUAGCUUUGGAAUGUUGCUGAUGGAAAUGCUAGGCCUAAAGAGGGAUAUCGUGGCAUAUAAAGAUGAAUCUAGCCGAUAUUUCCCAUAUUGGAUCUACGACCACUUCAAUAAAGGCAAGGACAUUGAAACUGGAAAUGCUGAUGAAAUUGGCAAUGAUGAUGUUGAUGAUGAUGAGCAUGCAAGGAGAAUCACCAAAAAUAUGACGAUUGUUGGACUAUGGUGCAUGCAUAUGAGUCCGGUUGAUCGCCCGUCUAUGAGUGAAGUAGUGAAGAUGCUUGAAAAUGGAAACGAGAAUUUGCAAAUUCCUCCUCCGCCUUCUCAAUCACCUCAGGUUGCAUGGAACGAUGAUCAAACUUGA